UGAUCCGGGUGAAGAUGGCGGCCUCGGAGCUGUGUGUCAGGAGCAGCCGAGAUUUAUGGACUAUCUUGCUGGGCAGAUCUGCACUUCGAGAACCGGCCCAAAUCGAGGCUGAAUUGGAUCGGAACUGGGAGAGACUGCUGCAGGGUCUGUCCUUCUACAAACCACCCAGCACAUCGGCCGCAGACAAGCUGAAAGCAGAUAAAGACACACCACAAGCUCUCAAAGACUUCGGACUCAGGAUCAGCAAACUGCUGGGUUUGGAUGAACAGCAAAGCGUGCAGAUUCUUCAGUGUUACCUUCAGGAGGACUACAGGGGCACACGAAACACACUCAAGGCUGUGCUGCAGGAUGAGAGACAGAGUCAAGCUCUGCUGCUGAAGAUAGCAGAUUACUACUAUGAAGAGAGACUGUGCGUUCUGCGCUGCGUUCUCCACCUCCUCACGUACUUCCAGGAUGAGAGACAUCCAUACAGGGCAGAGUACUCCAACUGUGUUAGUAAACUGGAGAAAGAUCUGGUGUCCAACUACAGGCGGCAGUUUGAGUCGGUGUCCAAAUCAGAAGCUCCAACAUGGGAGACGCAUGGAAACCUGAUGACGGAGAGGCAGGUGUCCCACUGGUUUGUGCAGUGUCUGAAAGAACAGGCCCUGCUGCUGGAGAUCUUGUUCCUGUAUUACGCAUACUUCGAGAUGCCGCCCAAUGACCUUUCCACCUUCACACGGCUAUUUAAGGAGCAGGGCUUUGGACAGCGGCAGACCAAUCGACACCUCGUGGACAAGAGCAUGGACGCGCUGGUUGAACGCAUUGGCUAUUUCAGUUCUUUGAUUCUUGUGGAGGGGAUGGAUAUCGACUUUCUGCAUAAAUGUGCUCUAGAAGAUAGAACCGAACAGCAUCAGUUUUAUGACCAACAGGAGGAUAUUUGCAAGGAAGUGGAUCAGAUGCUGUUGACAUUUGGUGACAUCUCUCACCAUGGGCCGGUUCUCUUGGCCUGGGUUCUGCUGCGACACACACUGCGUCCAGAGGAAGUGAGCUCUGUGAUCAGACGUCUAGGACACACGACGCUGCAGCUCGGAGUCUUUCAGUACCUCACCAACAUGCUGCAAGCACUCGGCAACACUGGAAAUAACUGUACAGCAAGCACUGCACGGAUGUGUAUAUAUGGUCUCCUGUCUUUUGUCAUCACCUCUUUUGAAGAAGAAACACUCGGCAGCCAACAGCAUCUGAUCAAUGCAGCAUGUGAAGUUCUUGCUGCUCCGAGUCUGGCUGAGCUUUUCUGGGAGUCGAAUCCAAACAUGGGUCUCGGUGUGAUUCUGGACAGUACAGUGGGUCUGUUUCCAUAUAAGACUGGACCUUUACUACAGCUGCUCACUGCACUGCUGUCUGACAAAUCUACAGCUAAGAAGGUGUACACCUUUUUAGAUAAGAUGUCGUUCUACACUGAGGCCUAUAAGCACAAACCCAACGAUGUGAUCUCCAGAGAGGAUGGCACUCUGUGGAGGAGACAGACUCCUAAACUCCUCUACCCUCUGGGGGUGGGUCAGACCAACCUGCAGAUGCCUCAGGGAUGUUUCGGACAGGUGUGUGAAGGAAAGCAGCUGUCUGUGGGUGAACAGGGUUUCCUGGUGCGCUGGGAAUAUUCCUAUAGCUCAUGGACUCUCUUCACCUGUGAGAUUGAGAUGCUGCUGCACGUCGUUUCUACUGCAGAUGUGUUGGCACACUGUGAGCGAGUGAAGCCCAUCUUGGAUCUGGUUCAUAAGAUCAUCAGCACAGAUUGGACAGUGUCUGACUGUCUGCUGCCGCUCACAUCACGGAUCUACAUGCUGCUACAGAGGUUGACCUCCUUUAUUAACCCUCCGGUAAAUGUGAUCACUUCCUGCGUCAACUGCCUUAUCGCUCUGGCUGCUCGGCAGCCUGGGAAGGUUUGGUCCAGUCUGCAUCACACCGGCUUCCUUCCGUUCGCCUCCACCCCUCUGACUAACAUGGCACAGACCAUCAGUGCAGAGGGCAUGAAGGCGGGUAACUAUGGCAACCUGCUGGUAUUGAUUGAACAGCCCAGAGGAGAGUACAGUGUGACCAUUGCCUUUUUAAGAUUAGUGACCACACUCGUCAAGGGUCAGUUGGGCAGUACUCAGAGCAGAGGACUCAUCCCAUGUGUGCUGCUGGUUCUGAAAGAAAUGCUGCCUGCAUACCAUAAAUGGCGCUACAACACCUAUGGAGUGCGAGAGAGGAUCGGUUGCUUGAUUCUAGAGCUGGUUCAUGCUAUUCUUAAUCUGAGUCAGGAGGGGGAGUCAGAGGGCAGCGCCCCCAGUCUGCAGUCGUUGUCUAUCUACAGUCUGGCCAACACAGAGGCAGGACAGGCGGUGGUUAACAUCAUGGGUGUGGGAGUGGACACUAUCAACAUGGUGCUCACAGCACAGCCCAGCAGUGGUGGGUCUGAGGGACCUGGUCAGGUUCUGAUCCAGACUGUGAAGUUGGCUUUCUCAGUCACCAACAAUGUGAUCCGACUCAAACCGCAGUCUGAUACGGCCUCACCUCUGGAGCAAGCGCUGACACAGCACGGUGGUCAUGGCAACAACCUGAUCGCUGUGCUGGCAAAGUAUAUCUACCACAAGCACGACCCAGCGCUGCCACGACUUGCUAUACAGCUGCUGAAGAGACUCGCCAUGGUGGCUCCCAUGUCUGUGUACGCUUGUCUGGGCAGUGAUGCCGCUGCGAUCAGAGAUGCGUUUCUGACGCGACUACAGAGCAGAACUGAAGACAUGCGUAUUAAAGUCACCAUACUGGAGUUCCUCACCGUGGCUGUGGAAACACAACCUGGACUCAUUGAGCUCUUCCUCAACCUGGAGACCAAAGCAAAGGAGUUUUCUCUGGGAGAGUGGAGCUGUUUGUCAGUGGUGUUGGAGUUGUUGGACUCUAAGCAGCAGGGGAAGUACUGGUGUCCUCCACUCCUGCACAGGGCGGCACUGGCCUUCCUCCACGCACUCUGGCAGGACAGACGGGACAGCGCGCUCUCUGUGCUCAGGACCAACAUCUUUAAGCAAUCGAUGGUCACGCUGCUCCUCAUCCUCCUCAAACAGUGGAAAAGUGUGUUGGUGUCCGCCCCAGCUCUACUGCCGCCCCUGUCUCUGAUGAUGGAAAGCGUUCUACAUGCUGAACAACAGCUCACGGACCGAACCAAAGCCAAACUCCUGUCAGCUCUCAUCUUAGCCCUGCAGAUACAAGGACUCAACGGAGGAGAGAUUACCCAGCUUCCCCAGCUGCUGUUGUGUGUGUGUGAGAUGGUUCAGGACGAGGCCCUGACGUUGAUUGACCGCACACGUCACACGAUACAGAGAGGUGACGUUCAGGAGGACAGCAUGGAGACAGACAGCCCACACAUCCAGAAAGACCAGCAAGACUCAGUGUGUGUGUUAGCUCUUCAUCUCUCUAAAGAGUUGUGUCGGGCUGACGAGGAUGGUGAACAGUGGCUGCAGGUGGUCCGGAAGCUGCCAGUUCUGCCGUCGGUUCUGAGCGCUCUAGAACUCAGUCUGCGAUCCAAACAGAACCUUUACUUCACUGAGGCAGCGCUUCAUCUGCUGCUCACACUCGCAAGAACACCGCAGGGGGCAGCAGCAGUGGCAGGUGCUGGAGUGAUUCAGAGCAUCUGUCUUCCUCUCCUCAGUGUGUAUGAGGGUCCAGCUAACGGAGCCACGCAGGCAUUUAUGCGGAAGUCUCAGGACGCCCCCAGCUGGAUGGGUGUGUACAGACUGAGUCUGUCUCUGAUGGAAAGUCUGCUGAAAACUCUCCGUUACAACUUCAUUAAUGAAGCGCUCGACUUUGUUGGCGUGCACCAGGAGCGCAUUCUGCAGUGUCUGAACGCGGUGAGGACGGUUCAGUCUCUGGCGUGUCUGGAUGAGGCCGAUCACACGGUGGGCUUCCUGCUCCAGCUCUCAAACUUCUGCAAAGAGUGGCACUUCCACCUGCCGCAGCUGCUGAGAGACGUCCAGGUGAAUCUGUGCUAUCUGUGUCAGACGUGUACGUACCUCCUGCACAGCAAGAAAAUGCUGCAUCAUUACCUGCAGGCCAAGAAUGGGGAGGGGCUUCCACCCGGGCCACACCCCCAGCAUGCCGUACAGCCCGCCUCCAAAGAGCAGGAGGAGGCGGAGUCUAAAGCGCUGCAGGCGGUUCAGUGCAGCCUGUUAAAGAUCCUCAGCAAAACUCUGGCCACAUUACAGCACUUCACACCCGAUUGCUGUCAGAUACUGCUGGACCAGUCGAUGGACCUUGCGGAGUACAGGACGCUGUUUGUGUUGAGUUUCACCACUCCUGCCUUUGACUCUGAUGUGGCUCCGUCGUUUGGGACUCUCAUGGCCACCAUUAAUGUGGCGCUGAGCAUGCUGGGAGAGAUUGAGAAGAGGAAGGAGCCGGUGGUGGUCUCUGAGGACACUCAAGCACUGAAGUCUUUGUUGAUGUUCUCGAUGGAGAACUGCUUCUAUGUGUUGAUCUCUCAGGCUGUUCGCUGUCUGAAGGAUCCUUCAGUUUUGCCCCGAGACAAACAGAGACUCAAACAGGAGCUCAGCUCAGAGCUGAGUACGUUGUUGUCGACGUUAUUCCGUUUUUUCCGGCGAGGUUCCCCUUCCUCCCCAGCCAGCGGGCUGCUUCUCUCAGUGCAAACCAAACCACCCACACCAGGAUCCAAGGCCACGCCGGAGGGCCAGGAGCCCUUCAUUCAACUGGUCCAAGCCUUCGUCCGGCACGUCCAGCGCUAGACGCACACAUCCCGCUCUGAUCAGAGCUCCGUAUUAAACGAUGAUUCAGAGAUCUGAAUCGCACUCAAAGGGAAACUCCAGCAGAGUGAAUCCGUUUCAGUGAUUCUGGCUUCGACUUCGGUGAGCCGUUUGGUGCCAAAGCUCAUCGCGGGUCCUGGACUGCACACAGGGCCUUUUCUAUUUAAAAGCAUUUACCUUUUUUUCCUCAUAAAAAUACAGACGGUCCUACAGCAGCUGAUAAAAACUGUCAAAACAUUUAAAUGUUUUUGUAGUUACAUGUAUAUAAUUAAAACGUUACAGAUGUCUGUCAUGAUUGUAUGCCAUAGCUGUUUUGUAUGAAACCUUUCUGUCCCAGUUGCCAUAUAUUUGUCUUAUAACCAUAAUAAACUGAAAGGGAGUAAAGCUGAA